AUGACUACCUCUGAGGCUCUGGACUACGUCUAUAACCAUGGUUGGGGCCAUCAAUGGCCUCGCCACGACGGCACAAUCUCAAAGACCGACAUUGGUAUUCCUCGUGACAUUGAACGUACCGAUGAGGACGACGUCGCUAUCGACAUUCCCGAUCACUGGGACUAUACUUGCCUCGAAAACAUUCGCCUCGUCGCUCGUGCACUUGGUAUAAUCACAAAAAUCUCGGACUUCCUCGUCAUUCGCUCUGAAUAUCACCUGCUGCGGGAUAUGAUUGAGAGACACAGUAGCACAGGCGCGUUCGUGGUGAUGGGACAGCCAGGGAUCGGUUCCCAGCCCGAAGUUUUCAUCCAGUCGUCGUCGCCGAAACCAGAGAGGUGGAAGGAUUGGUUGAAUCAGAAGAUGGGCGCGCGUAUAUACGCAGAGCUGCCGACCUUGUUGGAGAUCGCUGCGAUUCUCCAUGAGCUCCAUUCCGUCUCAUCUUUCGCAUUUCGACUCGUGACCAAGUGGGGACCAUCGACUAGGACGAUCAUCUCCAUUGCGAGUGCGAUGCUCCAGGAUCCUGAGGACGCCGAAGAGAUUGAAGAAAACCAGAAGGCCGAGGCAGAACGGGCGGCAGACAAGUUAUGCUCCGCUCGGUCGCUCGUCGCCUCGAAAGUAGCCGGCGGCGGUAUACCAGACAGCCACGGUUCCGCCGUCGGCUUCGUUCGCCCUCACCGUAGAUUCACAUCGAACGGCAAAAUCGCCGCGUCAUCUCGAGCAAUCUGGUUUAUCCCGACGACGUUCCUCGACGAAAUAUUUGCGAAAUGUUGCACCAACUUCUCUAACGAGAAGUCCCACGAUCUCUUCAUCGCCUUCAGUUCCCAUUCUCUGACUCGAACCACUGCAGGCUGGCAGCAUGAAAUGAAUUUUUCAAGCCAGUUAGAGGACUUCAAACUCGGCCCUGGCAAAGGAGUACGGGUGCAGGAGGAGAGCGUUGGGGUGCUUGAGCGGACGGGCAGCGGCAUUGAUGAUCCGGUCGUUGUAGAAGAGGUAGAAGGUGUGAGGAAGAUCCAAUAUUGGGUGACAACGUCAUAUUCCUUCGGUCCUGUCUUUGACUACAUAAAGGAGACUUUUUUCAACUAUCUUCCUCAGGAGUUUGAUGAGAUGACAGUAUAUGCUACUGUUCUUCCCGGGAACAACAUCUCUGACGUAGACCCUUGGCUCUCCUGGGUAGUUAAUCUGAACGUACUCACACGCCUUCACCGUGAUACAAAAGAUAUAGGUUGGUGUUUAGAUCUUGUCAUUACAGACAAGGACUUCAGAGGUGAAUUUGUGGGGGAGAGAUGCUCUUUUGUCUUCGCCACUUGUAAGGAGUUUGCAUCUUGGGAGAAGGAUCGUCAUGGUUGGGAGAUGCUGUUCUACAGCCUUCUUUAUUUCUUGCUCAAUAGUAUGGCACGCAUUACAAGACGUUCUAAUGCUAACACUGGCCUCAGCUCUGGCAAGAACACCAGGAAGUCUAAGGAGAUCAGGCGCGUCAAGCUUGAGAAAUCAGUCCCACUUGUGGCAAAGAAGAACCAGCCUACGUCCACCAAGGCCAAGGCUAAAGCAACCCCCAAACAUGAUAGCACGCCCCAGCCUCCACCGUCAUCCGAGGAUGAGGAGGAGGAGGAUGUUGUGAUUCAAGAGAAACCUUCCAAGACUGUUACGCGUAAGAGGGCUGCCUCUCAGCCCACUCCUGACCCUGUUCCCGCGCAGAAGACCAAGAAACAGAAAAAACAAGAGGAGCAGGCUGAGCGUGCUGAGCGCUCAAAAGCUGUCCAGGCUGUCAACAGGCUGCUUUUGAACAGAGAGGCCACUGCUCAAGCGUUGUCAGCUCCUGCAACGCGCCCUAACUCACCGUGUUCUGAGUCAGAGCCUCAAGGCGUAGCACAGGAACAGGAUCUUGCUAACCGUUUGAAAGAUAUUGACGCUGUUCUAGCCCUUGACAGCAUAGGGCAGGCAGUCAAUGACAAGAAUGCGCAACAGGACGAUGACGACGGUGACGAUGGUGACGAUAUGUGCUCUGAACCUGUCAACGCUACGUCUGGGGCCGGAAAGAAGACCUCCAAGAAACGCAAGACCGUGCAACCCACCUCCGAUGUGGUCGCAGUCUCCGGCAAUCGCUCUCCCUUCCGAAACGGUGCCGCACUUCUGCAUAAGGCUGCUCAAAUCCGCCUGCGCCUCAUCAUUCAACUUUUGAAUGCCUUCCCAAAGCCUGAUACUCGGGGCGACGUGGUUGUCGACUGCCUUAAGGACCUUCUGGAGGGUGUCAAGAGAUAUAGGACAAUCUGGAUGCGUCUCAGUGAGGACCAUAAGAAGCUCAUGAUAUAUUUUACUUGGAGGACUGUGGCACAAGUACGUGGGGAGUGGAAGCUCACUACGUAUCCCAUUGUCAAGCUUGUAUACUUUGAUGCUCUUGUCAAUGGGAACUUGGCCAGUCAACGUCAGGCAUAUGCGAAGUGGUUGCUUGGGGAGAACGAUAGUUCAAUGGAUGUGUUUGUUUUUGGUGACAUCGUUUAUAAUGAGGAGAUUAAGGACUGGAACUGGCAGGCCCCGUACUUCAACAGGGUCUUCACUGACGUUAUCAAGGCUCAAUGCUUCGAGCGUGGACAGAGGCCUGAUGGCAUCAAGAAUAUCCAUGAGUUUGCAGACUUAUGCAUCCCUCUUGUUGAGAAUUGUAUACGUGGAUAUGUAGAGAGCGGUAUCUAUGGUAAAGGUAUUGAGUUCAACGACACUAACUGUAGCGCAUGCCAUCAUUAUCAUGUGGAGCGCCUCACCCUCAUCAAUGAGAAGUCCAAGGGUGCUAUCAUCUACUUCUACUCCAACGCCUUCAAGACAAUCCUCAAGGAGUUGAACCUCAUGCACUUGAUCGCCAAGGCCACAGACAUCAAGGACAAGACUGACUAUGAGGCUCUUGCAGCUAUGGUUCCUGCAAAUGUGGAAGCUCCAGACUUGUACUGA